AUGUCGAACUUACCUGUGAAGGUGGAGCCAGGCCUCGACCCGGAGCCAGUCGCCAAAUGCCUGGAAUUGCAGGUGGAGCCAGUCCACCACCCGGAGCCAGACUCCACAUGCCUGGAACUGAAGGUGGAGCCAGUCCUCGACCCGGAGCCAGACUCCACAUGCCUGGAACUAAAGUUGGAGCCAGUCCUCGACCCGGAGCCAGACUCCACAUGCCUGGAACUGAAGGUGGAGCCAGUCCACGACCCGGAGCCAGUCGCCACAUGCCUGGAACUGAAGGUGGAGCCAGUCCUCGACCCGGAGCCAGACUCCACAUGCCUGGAACUGAAGGUGGAGCCAGUCCACGAUCCGGAGCCAGACGCCACAUGCCUGGAACUGAAGGUGGAGCCAGUCCACGACCCGGAGCCAGACUCCACAUGCCUGGAACUGAAGGUGGAGCCAGUCCUCGACCCGGAGCCAGACUCCACAUGCCUGGAACUGAAGGUGGAGCCAGUCCACGACCCGGAGCCAGACUCCACAUGCCUGGAACUGAAGGUGGAGCCAGUCCUCGACCCGGAGCCAGACUCCACAUGCCUGGAACUGAAGAAAAAAGCCGCGUCUGAGUUCUCAAUAUUGUAUCAACAUAGAGGGGAAUUAAAGCAUGUAAAUUACAUAAUGAUUGAGUAA